GUGGGUCCCGCCCGCGAAUUUUUUUGGGCUUCGAAUUAAUUCAGUGAGAAAAUCAAGUUGGAGUGAACUGAGAAUUUUUGGAUCAAGCCCGUAUUCAACAUCCUUUCGAGGUUGGACUAUUACCGCCAUUUUCCAGCGGGGAUUUUAGUCUUUACAUGAGCGAGGCGGUUUUCAUCUCAUAACUCCCAACUUUCCUGCUCAUCCGGCCACAACUUCCUUUCGCUCGAGCGUAUCUGAGGCACACGCGCGCAUGUCAAAAAGAAAAUAAUAACCAGACCAAAUUUACCCACACACAAAAUGGGCAAGUCACGACGGAACAGGGAUCGGGGUCAUCGCUCUGAUCCCAUGGGAAAGCCCAAGCCAGCCCCGGCAGACCCGGAGCUGGCAAAACUGCGCGAGUCCAAGAUCUUGCCCGUCCUCAACGACUUGAAAGCCUCCGAUCCCAAGCAGCGUACAUCUGCGGCCGGAGCAAUCGCCAACAUUAUCACAGAUCAAAAAUGCCGAAAGCUGCUCUUGAGGGAACAGGUCGUUCACACAGUACUCACCGAGACCUUGACCGACUCGAGCCUGGAGAGUCGAGCUGCCGGCUGGGAGAUCCUCAAGGUCUUGGCUCUCGAGGAGGAAGCCGACUUUUGCGUUCAUCUUUACAGGGUCGAUGUGCUGUCCGCGGCUGAGCAUGCAUGCAACUCGGUGCUUGAGGCCCUCAAGUCCUCUAGCCCUGCAUUUGCCAAGCUCCCCAAGGCUCAGCAAGGAUUCAUAUGGAGCAUUGCCGAUGCUCUUUCCAUCCUCAUAGGAGAGCUUGGGCAGGCUCAGGAAGAAGUCCUGAAGGCCGUGACAGCCAAUACGAGCAUUGCUCGCUUUUUGUUUGGCCUAAGCUCCCACAGCAGCACCACGGCCGAAGUGCUUUCCAGUGCUCUUGCAUGCCUGAUGACGCUGUCAGAAGAUAACAGGGCUUUCUGUGAGAUGAUUCUCAACGACCAAGAGACGUUUUGCUACAGGAAUCUCAAGAAAUUGUCCGAGUCCGGCGGGUUGAGGGCCGCUCUUUCUUGCGGGGUCCUCCACAAUCUCUUUUCUGCACUCGAAUGGCAUGACCAUUCACCCGGUCUGGAAUCUGCUUGCGACGCCGUUCUCGUUCCACUACUUUCUCGGGAGAUCUCGUCGGCCAGAUUGGAUGUUGAGGACACGCACUGGGAUGUGCUUCAAACCACGCUUGAGGUUCUUGCUUCCAUAGCAACAAACUUACAGACAACUUUGGAGAAGGGCAACAAAGCCGAAGACGAGUGGCAGGGCAUCAAGGAUGACGACAAUCAAGUCAUGGACUUGGAUGACGAUGUCGACGAUACUGUUGACGAUGAUAACAUAAAUGGAGUCGAUCAUAGCGACGACGAAGACGAUGAAGCCGCAGGCAAUGAUGACGACAGCGAGAUGGACGACGAGGAGCUACUGGCGGACAUGGAAAGGGUCACCGGAGCGGACCACGAGCCCGAGGAGCCCGCUCGCCUAGAUGACCUGCCGACUUUGAGCAACUUCCUAGAGGCCGCAGUCCCCUCCUUGGUCCGCAUCACUUCAUCUUCCCCUGCCAGCGAGGAGGCGCUGGCCAUCCAGGGUGUUGCACUCUCCGUCCUCAACAACCUUGCAUGGACCGUAUCGAGCCUCGACUUCUCCAAUGGGGAGAACGCCACCGUGCGCAAGGUGUGGUAUCCUGUGGGUUGCGCGAUAUGGGAGAAGACUGUAACGCAUGUGCUGUCCAACGACACGGCCGACGUCGAGCUCGCCGCACUCGUCACGAGCUUGGCCUGGGCCAUCUCGCGCACUCUUGGAGGCAAGACGCCCGUUCAAGGGGACGAACACCGCAAGUUCAUUUCCCUGUACAAAGCCGCAAAGAACAUGCCGGAGCCCGCGCAGGCCGUGGAGGAUCCGUUUCAGGGCUUGGGAGUCAAAUGCAUCGGCGUGCUAGGUCAGCUGGCCCGGGACCCGUGCCCGGUGGGUGUGAACCGCGAGAUUGGGAUUUUCCUCAUCACAAUUAUCUCGGCGGCGACCGAGGUCCCAACUGCAGAUGUUGUUGAGGCGCUUGAUCAGUUCUACGACAUAUAUGGUGAUGAGGGCUUGGCAUGCGACAAUGAGGUUUUCUGGAAAGACAGGUUUCUGGAACACUUGGAAGGUGCCGUUCCAAAAAUCAAAUCGAUGGUGAAGUCAAUCGAUAAGAGGAAACAGUCUGAACUUAGGCUGCGGGCAGAGGAGGCCGUUACAAACAUGCCUCGGUUUAUCGCUUACAAGAAAAAGCACAGGCCCUCGUGAGGUUUGCCUAAGACCGCUCGUUUUCGGCCGUCCCCAACGGAAAUCCCCAGAGGUGCGGUGUCAAAUCAACUCGUUUGUACCUGACCAGACUAAGUUGAGACUAGUUCGCAGGGCGGGUAAACCUUGAUACUCUUGUCGCCAGGACCUGGUUACCCUUGAGUUUGGUUAAAAGUCCAUAGGAGGUUAGGCCGUUAUCGCAUAUGUUGAUAGCUGCCAUAAACAGGUUAAUAGGCAAUGAACUAAAUACUUGAAGG